GCCAGAGCGAUGAGGGAGAGCGCUACAUUGGUCGUCAAACAGGUGUUGGCCCGGACCAGCAGUGGGGGCUUCUGUGGGAACGAUGGCUUCAUGUACAUGACCCUGUCCAGCCUUCCUUUUGGAGGAGUGGGAUCGAGUGGGAUGGGCAGGUACCACGGCAAGUUCUCCUUUGACACCUUCUCCAACCAGCGAGCCUGUCUGCUAAGCUGCCCUGGGAUGGAGAAGAUUAAUGGCCUCCGUUACCCGCCCUAUAGUCCCCGUAGGCAGCAGCUGCUAAGAUGGGCUAUUGGCUCCCAGAGCUGCACCCUUCUGUAAACACCACACCUACUCCUCUCUCCUGCUGCCCUGCCCUGCUAACCUACUUAAGCUUUCACCUGCUUCCAAGCCCCAGUGAUUCCUGAAAGGAAGGUGUUUGGUCCAGCCUGUGAACACCCCACUUCUGGAACUUUUUCUGAACUACCUGCAGCCAGGCAGGACAUGUAGGUGACUGGUCCAGCCCCUUCUCAUAGCAUAGCAUCCUCAGCAGCCUUCUGACCUGCUUAGACAGAGAAGCCCCCUCACAAAGUCUGGGCAGAUCUGAUGACUAAGGGGGGGCAGAUCUGAUCCCAAAAGACAGAGCAGUUGCUCACAACUCCAUCCACACCUGGAGGGUGGCUUUGUCCCACCUGAAGUGACAUGAUCAUGACCCCAGAUCAGAUUAUUUGGUGGAAUCUGUGUGUCUGAAGUGUGUUCAUUAGUUGCUUUCCUGUGACUGCUAUUAAGUGUCCUGAUGCGGGCAAGUUCAAGAGG